AUGAACAACAUCACUGAUACUAGAGAUCAGGAGAAGAACGAGGAUCACAUCAGCAAGAACGACGGACAACCUGGCCAGGACACGUUUCAGUGCGAUGAGCGAAAUAUUAAAUCCGUCGAAAACAACUACGUGCUGGUGGAAGAACUUCUACCCCGCACGCCGAAAGAAGAAGAAGCAGAGGCUCGCGUUGCGCGUCUGUUUGAACAACAAGAGAGUUGUGUUGAUACAAUGCGGCAGCUGCAGGAGGAGGAGCAUCCGACCCUGGGUCAUCAACACCAGCAGAUCAAUCUAGAGGACGUGUCCGUGACGUUUCAGAUCUCCACGUCCGAGGACACGACGCAUUCUCUCGCUGGUGCAGCAGCAGCCGCUCCUUGUGCGGAGAAAAGCCGACAUGGCGGAGAGGACAGUGCUGUACUACUCACUAGUGUUCAUCAACUAGAGCUGCAGCAGUCGUCUGAAAAGGGGGGAAGUAAUAAACCGUGGAAGAACAAUAAUUGUAAUACUAGUUCAAUAAAUUCGGAAAUCCUCUCGACCCGCGGGGACGUAGUGGAUUUGCUGGAUGAGUACUUCCGGACAACCGACGACCAGCAAGUACAAUUAUCAGCUUCGGCUGAGGAAUCGGAUGUCGUGAACUACGAAACACAUUCUUCGAAAGCCACGCCGGUCGUAGAAGAAAACACAGGCGAAUUACUUGUUUCCGUGAAAGAAGUCGAACGACAGUCAAGAAGUACAGGAGGCGUCAUUAGCUGCGGCGGUUCACUGGAAGAUAAAAGCGAAUCGCCGCAAGCGGGUCGUGUCUCCGCUGCGCUAAGCGACACUACUCGAAUGGAAACGGCGUUGACUGCUGCCACCGCGAGUGAAGAAAAGAGCAAGGCGAAAACGAACCAUGUCGCGUUGGCGCGUGAAGAAGCAAACGCGCGACGUGCUGCAAAAGACGACAAAGCUAGGAAAAAGAAGCGGGAUAAAAACGCCGAAUACCACACAACGAAAGCAGGAGAAAAAAAACCACAGCAGCAUCAUCCCACGGGAUCCACUCGGAAGUGGAUAAAAAAGGAUCCGGAACUAAAGAAGAACGAACCGAAAAAAAGUAGCGCCGAGGCAAAAAGUUGUUUGCAGCAGGAAAAAGCCAAAGGGCCGCAGUCUGAUCAGAGUACACAGAUCAACAUGAUGCGACCGGCGAAAACGUCACCCGUAAAGGAUGAGAAAAGCAAAAAAGCCCGUGGCAGCAGCAAAGUGGUAGAAGUUAAAGCAACACCCUCUGGUGACGAGCAGCAGCUGUGUAAAACGGAAAAGGCGAAUGAAAGCAACAAAAGUGGAGAAGAAAGUCAAGGCAAAUCGAAGUCGCCACUGGAAGUUUGUCAGCCGGUCCUGUCUCCGCGACUGCUGGAGGCGACAAAGUCUGGCGUUUUCAAACAGGCUGGGCCGCGAGUCAUCCUUCCGCUUCCAUCAACUAAAGUUGCAUCACCAAAGAGCUUGACCGAGAUGAAAGUUGAAAAACAAAAAGCGAACACGCUACCUGCAUCCUCGAAGAUUACAGCGACAAUGCUGCAAGUGGAUCUUCCUUCUGCUCCGAGCAUCAUUGUGGAGGACACAACCAGCGUACACAACUCCGUCGCUCCCGAAAAGAACCGUCCUGACGGAAGUUGUCAUGCAAAACCAUUGAAGUCUUCGUCUUCCUCGUCCUCGUCUUCUCCCACGCGCGCGCCUCUCGCUGUGAAAACGCAAACCACAACUGCUGGCGUCCUUGCAGCAUCGCCAAGGACCCUUUCUUCCCGGAUGUUGAAACCCACUGGCGCCGGAACGAAGUCCGGACCUCCAACUGCAGCACUUGCACCCAGUCCGGUGUCACCAAGCAGUACUUUGGUCGCGAACAAAUCCACCCUUUCGCAAAAGCCGCCCACACUCCACACGACCGAGCGCGCCAUCGUUCGCUCCCUUUCCCCACCGGACAUCUCUCGGGGCAUGCGGGCGUUUCCCGUGCUCUCAGAGCGGGCUAUCAAAUUGAUCGACUCGCGCGGUGCCUGGGUGCCCGACCCUCGUCUAGCGGCGCAACCGGUCGUCAUGCGGCACAACAUCUUCCGUCCGGAGACGUAGGAAGUAUUCGGAACUUUAUUCUGGGACAGCUAGACUCAGCCAAGGAAUCUAUUACUUCGUGAGGUCGACAGCAAUAUAAGUAUUUGGUUGGCGAUGGGAGUUUGUGUUAGCCUUAGCGCGUUUGAUGGUUGUAAUACGAAAAAAAUUAGAAUUUAGCUAGUUGGUUUCCAUUUUUUAGCAGUUUCGAAGAUUUUUCACAUGCGUUUUUUUGUAAAGUUCGAGCAUUCGUUUUUGUUUCUUCUCUUUUGCUGCAAAACAUUCAUGACGGUUCUGUUUUUUUUUUUGUGAAAGUACACAUAGAUACAAGUAAAACAACAUUGAGAUUUUGAUCACCGGGGAAAUGAGUCAUACACUACUUUUUGCAAAGUCGGGGCAGAUGAGCAGGCAAGGGAACACCCUUUGUACACAUACAAAAACGCUUGUACAGUAUGAGGUUUUCAUGCAGUGAAGUGCAAAUAAUCUUCCGUGUACGAAUGAAGUAUGAAUAUGCAGCGGAGAGUGCUGCGUAUUUCGAAAUGCGGUUCCGCAGUGUCUGGAGUUUCGCAGUGUGGCGUAUUUCGAAAUGGGCGUGAGGAUCUUCAAGCAAACCGGC